UCAUAGCAACCAGCAUGGCGACGGAAAAGCUUUGCUCCGCCGCCCAUCUGCUUAUAAGCUAGUUUUAGGCUGUUACCCUUACGUCACUUGAUUAUCUCUCAGCGUUAACAUGUUUACAGUUAAGUACACUGUUGUUUCUGGAUGUGUCCAAGCUCUGCCGUCUCUGCCCCAGAGUAUUCCUGAGGAAAAUGGGAUACGAUGAGAAUAAACAUUACCAUGGAAUCAAGAAUAGGGAGUGUAUCAUCUGGCUGCAGCCUUGGUGUGAGAGGACAGAAUUCAAAAAGUAGUCCUUUCUGCACUCGCUCCUCCACCAAAUUGACACAGUCCAUCAUUAAAGACCACAUGGUGUCUCAUUAUAAAAAGGUUUACUCGGCUAAAGCGGCCAUUGAUGCCUCAGUACCCAAAAGCUUGAUACACAGUGUAAAGUACAAUGACCAGAUCAGACAGGAGCGGUUGAGGAAAGGUGGUCGUCCUCAGUCGGCCCAUUCUCUCUCGCAGAGGAAUAGCAGAGCCUCCUGCUCUUCAGCCCAGAGUAGAUUAUCUGUGCAAUAUGAUGACAGGCCCUACCUCUGCUCAAGGAGUUCCACGGUCUCCAGCCCCAGGUUCAACUCCUCCUUCCAUGCCGAGGAGAUAGUUUAUCCAUCAUUUAAAGUUGGUUCUCACAACCAGUCUCGUCACAUUCGCCCAGCAUCAGAAAUCCAAUACCUUAGCCCGGAGGCAACGUCGCACAGACAGCAGUCAGCGUGUUCACUGGGAGCCUCGGCAGAUCAGAGUUACUACAAGACUUUCCAGGACCCUGUCCAGAAGACGUACAGCGGAGACUUGCUCCAGAAACAUUCACAGCACUUUACCCACGAAAAACCUUUCACCCCUAAGACCUUGAAAUCAGAAAAGAGUUCCUACCUGUCGCAAUAUCGCUACUACAGAGCACCACGGAGGAAACCUACUCAGGAUGGCACCAACUCAAGAUUGAUGCGACAGGAGACGUAUCAUGGAAGCACAAAAACUGAGGAAUGCACACAGGACAUUUUUGAGCCAUCUCAGGGAUUUAAUACAGAGCACGAGUGGUCUGAAGAGGAGUUCAACGGCACAUCUGUCUCAGCGUCUAGACAACGGAGUCGAGCAAACAAGAGCAGAGAACGUGAUUUAUUUGACUCCUCGUCCAGGUUCUCACCAGAAGGCUGGAAAUCUCCCAUUAUGAAGAGUGUAUCUGCAGAGGAAGAAGAAUUAAUGUACCUUGAAUUCAUUUCUGCUGUAACGGAGGAUAUAUUGUCCAGGGGGCACAUCUCUGACAGGUUCCUAGACUGGGUGAUAAAGCGUCAUAUCGACAUGAAUCGGCAUCAGCUUGAUGUGGGUAAAAUGCGCCACCUUCUGGAAGUGCUGCGUAAAGAUUUUGAAGAGCCAACCAACAUAUCCGCCUCUAGUGCAGAGCUUGAAAAAAAGGAGAAUGAUCUACUUGAUUCAUUCCUACCACAUCUGGAAUCAGGAGGGAAACACGUGAAGACCAAAAAGGACAGUGACCUGUUCCCGUAUGCAUCAGUAAUUAAACACUGCGAUUCGCCACAUUAUGCUGAUCCCCUGUUAGUGUCUACACCUUUAUGCUCUCCUGAAUCGACUGCUGCCUCACCAAUUAAAGCAAAUGAAGACGAAGGAGUUGAGGACAAUCGGGGGAGGAGCAUUGGCUCUCCUUGGCUCGGUGAGCAUGUUUCUGAUAAUACAGGAAUCGGUGAAGAGGACCCUCAAAAUCAAAUCGGCACAGCUGAGACAAGCAAAGAAGUCAGCAAUGAAAACCUUGAAUACAACACCAUAACCAGUGAAGAAGGAUUUCAUCGAGACCAAGCUGAAGUCAGUUAUGAUGGACAAUCUAAAGAGCUUGACGAUCUGGGGAGAAGUUUGUCAGAGUCGCUUCAUGUGUCCAGCAAUCAACACCGCGUCAUUGUGGAGACGGCCACUGAGCAACAUACAAACACCGUCGCCUCCGUCAGUGAUGAUGAAUUCUGAGCGUUGCUGUAUUCAGAGAUUAAAAAGGUCCUUUAAUGUUUUUGUUACCAAGUGAGUAUUUUUCUAGAGAGAGAUGAAUGUGUAGUUUUGUAAAUGUGAUUUAGCACUAGUUGUGUUUUCCAUAAAAGCCCCACCAAUAUGGUGUUGUAGUUGUGUUCUGCUUUAUUAUAUGUUUUACAUAAGCACAAUGGAAAUUUCAUACCAGCAAACAGGGCUUUUGCGAGUACACCAGAGAGACAUACUGACCAUAGUGGUUGAGCUCUAAUUGACCCAUAGAGUAAUGCGACACAUAUUUUCUAAUUUAUGGUAAUUAGUAUGAUUAUCAACUUUGCAAAGGAUAGGCCACAGCACUAUGGCAGAGUAUACCCAGUCAGUUUUAAGUAUGGUGCAGCUGCUGUUUACAUUUCUAGAAAAAACACUUUUGUUGUAAGGAAUCUUCCACAUGUUUUCAGUGAGUUUGAGUUGACAUAUGCCUCUGAGAUGUAGUGACUAGGAGUUGAGUCACCAGAAAGUGUUCUUACAAUUGCAAUAAAUCUUAUAUUCUUGUGAUUCUUGUAUCUGAUUAUUGAGACUAUGUAACAAACUGAUUAUUAUUCAACCUGCAGCCAUUAUUAGCAUUACAGGAAUGUGACUUAAGCCAUUUUGCAAUCAAUUAGGGACUUAGGAGAGAGGGAAAUUGGUUUCUCCCACCCCUACCUUCGCCUAAUUGGA